AUGUGGACCCUUCUCCUAAUAACCAGCAUUGCUGCAGUGUCUGCUGAACCUCUGACCUUUCAUGGGGAUAAAGUCUUUCGGAUAGUGCCACAAACUAUUGAACAUGUGGAGCUUCUCAAAUCCAUAGCCAGCCAGACAAAGCUGGACUUCUGGGUUCCCGACUCGGUUUCGCUUCUCGAAGAGGGAAAGACUACUGACUUUCGGGCUCAAUAUGAUGUAGCUUAUGAUGUUCAAGCUCUGAUUGCUCAAAGUGGAAUGCCGUUUGAGGUUUUGAUUGACGAUGUUCAAGUAGCCAUUGACAACCAACUUAACAGCAAUGUUCGCUCUGUACAUAGCUAUGAGAAGUACAAUGACCUUGAAACGAUUUAUGCCUGGACUGCCAACAUUGCAGCGCAGAACCCCGACCUUGUUACUCGCUCACAGAUUGGAACCUCCUACGAGGGACGUCCUAUCUAUUUGCUUAAGGUUGGAAAAGCUGGUGCCAAUAAAAAUGCCGUCUUCAUAGAUUGUGGAUUUCAUGCCAGAGAAUGGGUCACUCCUGCAUUCUGCCAGUGGUUUGUGAAGGAGGCUGUUAAUUCUUAUGGCUCUGAUCCAGAAUUUACCAACCUUCUUGAUACUCUGGAUUUCUAUGUUGUGCCGGUCCUGAAUGUUGAUGGCUACACAUAUACCUGGACAAAUGACCGCAUGUGGAGAAAAACACGCUCGUUCAACAAGAAUACACCCUGCACUGGUACUGAUCCAAACAGAAAUUUUGCUGCAGCAUGGGGCACUAAUGGAGCAACAUCAAGUCCUUGCAGCGAGGUUUAUUGUGGUACAACUCCAGAAUCGGAGAGUGAAACCAGAGCUCUUGGUGACUUCAUCCGGUCUAAUCUUUCAUCUAUCAAGGCUUACCUGACCAUUCACUCCUAUUCUCAGAUGCUUCUGUUCCCUUACUCCUACAAACAUAAACUAGCAAAAGACUAUGAUGAACUGUUUGCGCUUGCAGAAGGUGCAGUUAAUGCCCUGUCAUCCUUGUAUGGAACCACUUAUACCUAUGGACCUGGAGGAAAAACCAUCUAUCUUUCUUCUGGAGGAUCAGAUGACUGGGCAUAUGAUACCGGUGUUAAAUAUUCCUUCACAUUUGAGCUGCGCGACACUGGAAAAUAUGGCUUCAUUCUUCCUGAAUCUGAAAUUGUAGAAACCUGUGAAGAAACAAUGCUAGCUAUCAAAUACAUUGCUAAUCAUGUCCUGAAUAACGCUUAA